UUUUCUUUUCAUUAAAACCAUUAAUAAUACUUUUACUUUAAAUAAAUGAUAUUUUUUUAUAAUAGUCUAAAAAUGCUGCGACUCUUUACUCUGAUAUUAUGUUUAGGUUUGACUCUGGCCUCAGUUCCCUAUAAGGAUUGUGGCAAAAAAGAGGUGACAAAUGUUGAGAUAACCGGUUGUAGUGGCGAACCGUGUGUUUUUGUUAAAGGAAACAAAAUUACUCUUAGCGUUGACUUUACCGCCAACCAGGACUCAGAUAAGGCUGAGUUCAGUUUGAUUGCCAGUCACGGCGGUGUCGAUAUCGAUAUGUCGACACUUAUUAAGGACUUCGAUAAAAACGGUUGCCAUUCAACUACUUGUCCCAUCAAAAAGGGUGCCAAACAAUCAUUCAAAUAUGACAUUGUUGUUCCCAUAUCAGUUCCCGAUAUCGAAGUCGAUCUUAAGGCACAACUUAAAGGCAAUUCCGAUGAACUGUUUUGCGGAUCAAUUCACAGCCUUAUUAAGUCAUAAGUAUUAACUAUAGUAUAUUUCAAACUGUUUUAUUUAUUUAAAAAAAUAAAAAUUUAUAAAAUUGAUAAUAUAAAAUAGCAAUAAAAUAUCAAUUAUAU